AUGAAGUGCAUUUUCAGUGAUGAUGCCGACUUUGCUGUGCAAUCCCCAUCCUUGGAGCCCUUGUUACCGCCAGAGGUGAGCACGCCUGGUCGAGACAUUGAGGCCAGGACGGGGCUCCGCAGCCCCUACACGUUGAUCAAGAGGGCCAAUUCCCUCCUCGCCUGUCUUCGUUGGGUCGAUGGUCAGCCCCUUGCAAAUCUGUCCUUCUCGGGUGUGUUCCAAGAGACUCUUGUUUGGGAACAUUUUCAGUACUUGAAGAAAGAAAACAAGCCUCCGACCAGCGGUUCGACGUUGCUUUCUGCCAUGCGGUUCUUGCACUACGUCCUUGAGGUGGAUGUGCAGGUAUGCAUUUCUAGCCGGCGCAUCGUCGGUGCCAGUCAGCAGUUGGCUGCUAAGACCCGUUGGCUCAAGCAGGCUCGUGCAUUAACAGUUGAUCAGGUUUGCAAAUUGCAUGAACUUCUCGAAGGCAGCGACGACCCCCUGUUGCGUUGCUUCGCUGCAUAUGCCUUGAUCGCCGUCUAUGGACGAUGUCGGCACUCUGACCUGCAGUGCAUCUGGGACCUGGAGUGCGAUUUCGAUGGUGUUUCGGGCUUUCUGCAGAUUCGAACAGGUCGUCACAAGACCUCGACCACCGCCAAGAAGAAGGCGUUUGAAGCUGUUAACCUGUGUUUAAUUGGCAAGAUUGACGGGCCCAUUUUCCGCCCACCCCUUGAUGCUGAGUGCUCUGCCCUCUGUGCUCGCCCCGUGUCCUCGCAAGAAGUGUCCAGGAUGCUUCGUCAAGCCCUCGAUUUGCCUGAGGACUCCGGCGUGUCCUCCCAUUCCCUCAAGGUCACUGGCCUGUCCUGGGCAUCCAAGGCUGGCACGCGCGCUGGCAUGGACCGUGAUACUUGUGCUGUCUUGGGUCGGCAUGCUCGCAAUCAACUCACGACUGAGGUUGUGUACAGCCGUGAUCUCAGCGCGGCCCCGUCGUUGGCCUUUUCUCGCUUGUUGCAUCAGGUUGCUCUUGGGGUGUUCAUGCCAGAUGCUCCUUUACGCGCUUUCUGGAGUGAGUCCUGUGAAGCCUCUCCUGGCCCAGCACCGAUUUUGCCUGUCGUGCGACCCUCCGGAGCCAUCAAAGUUGAAGAUUCCGCCUCCGAAGCCGAGGAGUCUGCGCAUGAGAGUAGUGAGGAUUCCUCUGAUUCUGAGGCCUCCCGAAGCAGCAGCUCGGACAGUGUGACCCAUUCCUCCAGCCCUCCCCUCAGCAAAAAGGCCCGCCGCUUUCUGCCUGAGACACGGGAUGAGUCCGACGUCUGGGUGAUCCACCGUCGUUCCCGCAAGUUGCACUUGGUCCGCGGCCAAAGCACUCUUGAUGCGUGCCUUCAAGUUCUUGCAUGCGGACGUGUGCGCUCCGAUGCGUACAGAGUUGCCGAGGAUGCUGACCUGGAUGCGGUCGAGUGUUAA